GUGUCCAAUGUCCAUCAUGAUGUGACAAAGCGGAUACUCAACCGACCGUCUCCUAGCUCGCUGUCAACCACACAAGCCGAACAAUAGUCCUGUAUAUCCCUGACAAGACGGCUGUUAUCAUGUCAUCAGGUGUCUACUAUCACAGGGAUAGAACCCUGCAGGUUCAAUUGCCGUCAAGACUCGAGGUUUUGUUAACGGGCCCUGUCGGUGGUGUCACGGUAAUGCAUAUCCUACCGCGUAGCCCCUUUAGCACGACACGCAGGGUCAAGAUAAAUAUUGGUCUUAUAAUCCGUGAACCCAACAUUUGCUAGCGCAUAGCGUUUUACUCCCAUUUACUUCCAUGUCAACGAAGUCCGCAAUCCAUAAUACGCUCACAACGAACAAGAAAUUAGAUGAUCUGGAAGAGCUAGGACAUGUGCCGUCAUCUAAUUCCCAAACAGCUUGUUCAGAAUCAGGCCCUCCGGAUGGCGGGUUUCGGGCAUGGGGGACUGUUUUUGGGUGUUUCCUUAUGCAAUUUUGUGCUUUUGGAUACAUAUCGUCUUUUGGAGUUUAUCAAGAUUAUUACACACGAAUUUAUCUGACCAACUAUCCGCCAUCUGCAAUAUCAUGGAUUGGCGCAUUGACCUCGUUCCUCGCAGUCAAUAUCACGUUGAUCUCAGGUCCGCUAUACAACAGAGGGUGGUUCUAUCAUAUGGUGAUCGCGGGGUCGUCGCUCCAAUCGCUGCCCUUGUUCGCGUUAUCCUUUGCUAAGCCUGGUCAGUUCUACAUGAUUUUCAUGGUUCAAGGUAUCCUCUCUGGGAUUGGGAUAGGCCUAACGUAUGGUCCCUCCUUGGCGGUCGCCUCUCAGCACUUCUCCAGAAGACGCACGCUGGUGAUGUCUCUUGUCACAUCCGGUACACCACUUGGUUCCAUGAUUCAUCCGAUCAUGCUCAAUCACCUUUUGAAUGGCACUAUUGGCUUUGCAAGAGGCGUUCGCGCCAGUGCGGGUUUUGUCAGUGCUCUGUUAUUAAUAGCCUGUUUGUUCAUGCGUACAAGAGAGCUGCCGGUACCGACUGUCAGUUAUACUGCAGUGGUGCGAAAAUGCUCUCGCGAGGUUCUCUUCAUCCUUGUGACCGUUGGGAUCCUGCUGUGUCAGACCGGCUAUUUCUUCCCUGUAUUCUACUUACAACUGGACUCUAUCAAACAUGGGAUCGACGUACAUUUCUCGUUCUACUCCUUUGUGAUCAUGAAUGCUGCCUGUGUCGUCGGCCGCUGCACGGCAGGAAUUAUUGCAACGUAUACGGGGGUAUUGAACUUCACGAUCGCAUCCACUGUCGCAUGCAGUGCCAUCAUAACAUCCAUGAUAGCUCUAAGUGACGUGGCCAACAUCGCGCUGGUAGUGCCAUUGAUAACUGAGUUCACGCCCGAUUUGUCUGAGCUAGGAGCGCGAAUGGGCAUAUGUUUUGCCUUCACUUCUUUUAGUGGAUUAGUCGGCGGCCCAAUAUCAGGCGCCUUGCUUGGUUCUCAAUAUAGGUGGUGGAUACCGUCGCUCUUCAGUGGGUUCAUCACCUUCGUCGGAAGUUCGAUGUUCGUGGCGAUGCGCUUAUACCGCCGGAACAAACAGAAACGAUCCAUAGCUGGCGGGGACACGUGAACUAGUUGUUCCUUUGGAUUCACUCGAGGCAGGUGUUCACUCGUGCUGGAUUAGAUGUGACUUCUUGGAAAUAUGUGUAUGAAAUGUUCGUGUAUUGAAUGCGUGCGCAGAAGUACAAAUAUUCUUGGACUGGUCUAUGCAGUUGCAGCGUGCGGGCACCAACCCC